UCACUUUAUCGCAUAAACAAGUUUGCUUCAGUGUGGCUGCCACACCUGAGCAUGUUGAAUGGAGAGAAGAAGACAUGGCAGGCAAACAACUCCACCCCCUUCGCUCCCGUCCUGUUGAGAAAUCUCCUGAGAUAUUCAUCCGAGAGCUUCAUCCAAAGCUGCUCCUCCGCUCCGACACCGAAGCGCAACAACAGCGGUUCAACUCAGGAAGAGAAGACAGACUGUGAACAUACGUCGUCAUGAACUGGGCAUUCCUCCAGGGCCUCCUCAGUGGGGUGAACAAAUACUCCACAGCCUUCGGCAGAGUGUGGCUCUCUAUCGUGUUCCUCUUCAGGGUCAUGGUUUUUGUGGUGGCAGCAGAGAAGGUGUGGGGUGAUGAACAGAAAGACUUCAAAUGCAACACGGUUCAACCUGGGUGCCACAACGUGUGCUACGACCACUUCUUCCCCGUGUCCCACGUGCGGCUGUGGGCCCUGCAGCUUAUCUUUGUCACCUGCCCCUCUCUCCUGGUGGUGAUGCAUGUGGCCUACAGGGACGAUAGGGAGCGGAAACACCGGCUCAAGUAUGGCGAGAACUGCCGCAGCCUCUACCUGAACACGGGCAAGAAGCGUGGAGGCCUGUGGUGGACCUAUGUCCUCACAUUGGUCUUCAAAAUAGCUGUGGACACCACUUUUGUCUACCUCCUCUUCCACAUCUAUGAGGGUUACGACUUCCCCUCUCUCAUCAAGUGCGAACAGAAGCCCUGCCCCAACAAGGUGGACUGCUUCAUCGCUCGACCCACCGAGAAACGGAUCUUCACCAUCUUCAUGGUGGUCACCAGCCUGGCCUGCAUUCUCCUCUCCAUUUUCGAAAUUGUCUACCUGGUUGGCAAGCGCUGCCGUGAAUGUUUUUCAUCGAUUCACAACUCUCGCCGCAGCACGAACCGCAGAUCAAUUGAGUCAAAUGGCAUAAUGAUUCCUGGGAAAGGCACCCCUGAGACGCCUGCUCCUUCAUACAGCCUUGUCACAUCCUGAGAUACAUGAGAUUAAAGGGAAAGACUUAAUGACUGUGGUGGGAAAGGAAACAAGUCCCUCCUCCCUCUACAGGCACUUCCUUAAAAGACUUGUCAGCAGACAUUUUGUGCUCAGAGACUGAACUACGAUUCAUAUAGUUCUUUACUGUUUUUGUAUCAACUGUCAAAGACUUAAAAAACGUGUGCUCACUGUUGUGUGUUUUGGGUCAGAGUAUUUUUUUUACAGAUGAAGCUCAGCCUUGCAAAGAAAAUCAAGUUAGUGUGAUUCAGAUGUAGCCUACAGUCCAAUAACAUGAGUCACUCCAUGGUUUUGGCGAUGGUUUUACAAACACAUGUGGUUUUCUGUGUAAAGUUUUCCCUCUGCUCAGAACUCAACCCAGAACUGUUUAGUUCAAGCUGUACUGUGUCUCUUUCCCCUUCACUCACACGAUCAUUUCUGAUCCUUUGGGAGUGUCUUACAUAAUUUAUCAUAGGGUUUGACAAACAGACCUGACUUGUUUUUAAACUGCUUCCUAUACACAGGCAAAAUAGUGCAAUAAGGUUGAAAUGCAGGGUUGUAAACACAUAUAUCAGGAUGUGUUGCUGCAAAGUUGUUAAUAAUAUUUUUCAAUAAAGAUAAUAAUGUUUCA